AUGAGUUAUCGUUAUGGCGGAAAAAGAUUUGUGGAACUUAUGCAGCGACAUGCGAAUAAAGUUGAAAUUUUAUCGCAAAAAAUCGACAGUGUCGCGAAUAAAAGCUUUCUGAAUUUCCAGCGGAGCAUUCCGAAAAAGAAGAAAUUCAUCGAAAAAAUUGAAAAAAUUAUUUGUUCGUCUAAAUCGAAAUUAAUCUGUUUUGGCUCAUUAUCGACUUCGCUUAUUGUUGAUGAGAAUUCGGAUAUAGAUUUGCAGUUCUUUCCGACAGUCAGUGCUGAACAACGUGCGAAGUUCUGUUCGGAUAUUCGUGAUAAUUUCGAUUUUCGGAGAUCAUUCAUGUGGGAGAUGUUCCGCACAAUCCAAAAGAAUUCCGAUAUCGGUCUAGAGAAUCUUAUCUCUGAUAAAUGUUUAAUUCUUGAUCGAACGAGAAUUCCACUUCUUAUAUUAUAUUUCAAAAAUGGUUACAAAGCAGAUUCGCGAUUUAGAAAAAUUUACAUAUGGUUAAGAACACUUUUCGAUGCACUUGGAAUUCGUGAUAGUAUGGCUGGAUUGUUUUCUAGCUAUCAUAUUGCUUGUCUUGUUGCCCAUUUUCUACAGUCACAAAAGUUAUCGCUUUUAAUGAUGCCAGCACCGGUUCUUCCGACCUUAUUAGAAUCGUAUCAAAAUCUCGUUGGUCCGGAUUUGGAUAUUGAACAUGUUGUCAAUAUGAUUUCAUCUCCAUUUCAUCAGCUUCAUCCAACAGUCGCAUUUCAGUGGAAGAGCGAUAAUGCGAUGACCACAGGUGAACUGGCAAUUGCUCUUGUUCAUUAUUAUACCAAUAUAGGAUUAUUUAUGCCGUUAUUCAUUGAUAGGACACAAGUUGAAAGAGACAAAUUAAAGAGUCGAUUGCAAGGAACUGUGACUCUUCCAAUUUUUGAUCCAUAUUCUGAUAUGAGUGUUUGUCGAAAUAAACUUGGUCGCCCUUUACGAAAAAUAAUGGCCUACACUUUUUCGAAAAUGUUGAAAGGUCAAGUAAUCAGCACUUUUCCUGACUUUAAAGAUACUUGGUUCAUGAAGAAACUUAUUCAAGAAGAAGUUUCUAAAAUUAAAUUCAAUAUUAAUUGGCAAAAUGAUAAGCGUUUUUCAAUAAAAAAAAGGAAAGGUGAAGAGUUCGUUAGUCGUCGUCGAACAAUCAAUAAAAAUUUAUAG